AUGGCGACCACCGCUACGUCCACCCGGUUCACUGACGAGUACCAGCUGUACGAGGAGCUUGGGAAGGGAGCUUUUUCAGUGGUGCGCCGAUGUGUCAAGAAAUCUUCCGGGCAGGAAUACGCCGCCAAGAUCAUCAACACCAAGAAGCUUUCUGCACGAGACCACCAGAAACUGGAACGUGAGGCUCGCAUCUGCCGGCUGCUUAAACACCCCAACAUUGUGCGACUGCAUGACAGUAUUUCAGAAGAGGGCUUUCAUUACCUUGUCUUUGACCUGGUGACAGGAGGGGAGCUUUUUGAAGACAUCGUAGCCAGAGAGUACUACAGCGAGGCCGACGCCAGUCAUUGCAUUAGUCAGAUCUUGGAGAGUGUCAAUCAUAUCCACCAGCAUGAUAUUGUGCACAGAGACCUCAAGCCUGAGAACCUGUUGUUGGCCAGUAAAAUGAAGGGCGCUGCAGUUAAGCUGGCAGAUUUUGGUCUUGCUAUUGAGGUGCAGGGAGACCAGCAGGCUUGGUUCGGCUUUGCGGGCACGCCUGGCUAUUUGUCUCCAGAAGUCCUUCGGAAGGACCCGUAUGGCAAACCUGUGGACAUAUGGGCUUGUGGUGUUAUUCUCUAUAUAUUGUUAGUUGGAUAUCCUCCAUUCUGGGACGAAGAUCAGCACAAGCUCUAUCAACAGAUCAAAGCCGGGGCCUACGAUUUCCCCUCCCCUGAGUGGGACACAGUGACCCCCGAGGCGAAGAACCUGAUCAACCAGAUGUUGACUAUCAACCCGGCCAAGCGAAUCACUGCCGAGCAGGCUCUCAAGCACCCAUGGGUCUGCCACCGCUCCACAGUGGCUUCAAUGAUGCAUAGACAGGAAACUGUCGAGUGUCUCCGCAAGUUCAAUGCUCGCCGAAAACUCAAGGGAGCCAUCCUCACCACCAUGCUGGUGUCCAGAAACUUCUCAGUGGGCCGGCAGCAUACCAACUCUGCUGCUGCCGCCUCCUCCACUGCCUCACUGGCUCAGGAAGCAUGCAAAAGUUUACUCAACAAGAAAUCUGACUCUGCUAAGCCUUCCACCAACAACAGUAAGAACAGUAUAGUGAGUGCCAUCAAUGCCCUGAAAGACACCAACAUGGCGACCAACGCUCAGAUGGAAUCCCAAAGCACAGUGGUGCACAACCCUCCCGAUGGCGUCAAGGGGUCAACUGAGAGCAAUGCCACAAAUGAUGAGGAAGAAAUGAAAGGUAGGCAAUCGGACAGUUCAGCGCUGAGUCUGUGCAGCGCCACCGAGGAGAUGCCCCCACUUCUGCCCUCACCUCAAAGCUCACCUGCCAUACCACCGCAUGAUGUAAAGCGCAUGGCUUGGAACAGCUCGGGUAAUGGCGACUGUGAUCAGUCCUGUCCGCCCGCCGCCGCCAACACCGCUGCUCCUGUAGGGGGCAACAACUCUGCCGCUGCUAAAUGCAACGUUAAGCAGACCCGCAAACAGGAGAUCAUCAAGAUCACCGAGCAGCUCAUUGAAGCCAUUAACAACGGCGACUUUGAAGCCUACACGAGGAUUUGCGAUCCUGGGCUCACUUCCUUCGAACCUGAGGCUUUGGGCAACCUGGUUGAGGGCAUGGACUUUCACAAGUUCUACUUUGAAAACUUGCUGAGCAAGAACAACAAGCCGGUGCACACAACCCUGCUCAACCCGCACGUGCACCUGAUCGGCGAGGACGCGGCAUGCAUCGCGUACAUUCGCCUCACGCAGUUCGUAGACUCCGGCGGCCGCCCGCGCUCCAGCCAAUCGGAGGAAACCCGCGUUUGGCACCGCCGCGACGGCAAGUGGCUCAACGUUCACUUCCACUGCUCGGGAGCGCCCGCCGCGCCACUACAGUGA